AUGUCGUUGUCACGUACACCGUAUGGACAUUGGUCGACCGCUGUGGUGUCAAUAGCUAUCUUCUUGGGCUUCCUUAUCUUCGUCGAUGUAGUGGACGUUGACUGGUUCGUGAUUUCGUAUGUGUAUGCACGUUUUGUUAUCAUCAGACGUUACGAUACUGAGCCCUGGCCUUGCCCUGAGAAUAUCCGAUCAUACGCGCUCGCCCCUCGAGCGCUCAGCACGUUCGGCCUUCGAGGAGAACAAAGAACCAGUUCCACUGCCAUCCAACUCGAGCUCCGAACUUGUUCGUUCUCGCGAACUCCAGCUUCUGAACUUCUGGCUCUCACGGCGACCUCCCGAAGGAAGGGAAGAACGGGCGUCUCGAAGGAAGUGAAGAACAGGUGUCUCGAAGGAGUGAGAACAAAACCCAAAACCCACCUCGGUCAAAACUCGGCCAACAAAACGAUGAGGCAUUUUCAGGAAUUCACAUUGAAUUGGGGUCUUCGAAAAAGGAUAAGUGUUUUAUUGAUGCUGCGCAUCGUGAUGGCGAGUAAUGUGACAUGCCCUCGUAGUAGGGUUGUAAGGGUUGUAUGGUGCAUUGAGAUGCACACGGAUUGCAACACCCAAACCCUGAUGCUCCUCGGCGCGCGGUCUCAUCUGAAACUCUUGGCGCCCUCCACCGCCGAGCGCGCCCUCUCCUGA